UUUGCACCGCCCUCCAGAUUCAUUCAAGAUGGCAGCCAAGCUCGAGCUGAGGUGGCCACGGCUGUUAAUGUGGAACCUGUGGCUGGUUCGGGGGCCUCCACAAAACCGGGUGUCGCGCCUGGGCCUAGAAACGAGGGCUUAUUCACGGAGCGACGGCCCGUACUCGCGUACGGCACUGUAUGAGCUGCUCGGCGUUCCCUCCACGGCCACGCAGGCGCAAAUCAAGGCCGCCUACUACCGGCAAAGCUUCCUCUACCACCCGGACCGCAACUCGGGGAGCCCUGAGGCUGCCGAACGCUUUACGCGCAUCUCCGAGGCAUACGUGGUGCUGGGCAGUCCCAACCUGCGCCGCAAGUAUGACCGCGGCCUCCUCAGCGACGCGGAUCUGCGCGGACCUGGCGUCCGGCCUUCCAAAGCUCCCUCAGCGGACUCUGGCUCGCCCCGCACCCCGCCGCCUCGUCCCUACAGCGGUGGUAAGGCAGCGUCGGGCGCCGACCGCACUAUGUUCGACUUUGACGCCUUCUACCAGGCACACUACGGAGAACAGCUGGAGCGCGAACGCCGCCUCAGGGCCCGGCGUGAGGCCUUACGCAAGCAGCAGGAGGAUCGGGCUAAGAAGGGCUUCCGUUGGGACGAGACCCGAGACACGACUUUAGUCUUGCUUUUCCUUACAAUCUUCAUCAUCAUGGGCUUUCGUUUUUAAUCGGAGAGAGAGGGGAAGGGGAGCACCCCCCAGCCAGACCCCAGAAAAUGGCCUUUCCUGUCUUGAACCCUUCGCCUUCCAUAGUCUACCUCUGCUGGGGUCCGAAGGAAUCGCUCUCUCCUCCUCUUCCCCACCCUCCCAGCUUAGCCAUUGACCUGCACAUCCCUCCCCCUGCAGUCCAGAAAAGGAGACUUUUUGAUGCCCAAGAAGGAGGCCCCAAAAUGAAGAGCCCUGAAGGCCCGAUAGUGAAGGGUUUUCUGGAGUCCCUUGGGUGCCUGUUUCCAGAAGUUGCCUUCUGAUGUUGUCAACUUCUGGAACACUUGCUCUGGCUUUUUUGUAGAGCUCUGAGAAAGAAUUGUGUGCUCCUGCCCCCAUAUUUGUACUGGGGGUCUCUGUAACCUUGAAACGUGCAAUGUGACCAAUUGUUGGCUGCCAAAAGAAAAAUUCUGGGGUUGUACAACCUUGUCUUUCUUGUGAGUUCCCCAAGCCACAGGUGAGACCUGAUGUAGGUUAAAAAUAUGAUGUGUAGAAACCUUGCUAUUCUAUGGUCAGUCCCAAACCCCACUCCCCCUUCUGUUGGUGGCAUGAGGGAGUGGGAAAGCAAGGUCAUCUAGCAUAAGGAAUGAAUGUUCCUGUGCCCAUGGUUAUCUAACAUAUGACCUUGGAGAAGUUACUCUGGGCAUAACAGCAGAGAGCAAGUCAUUUGCUUUCCUGAAGUCUGUUACACUUUAUUAUCUAUAGGUCUAAUGGGCUCAGUGGUUAAAACAUGCUAGUAGAGUCAAGUUUAUCCUUGGACCAGUGUGCCUGUCUCCUGGUCAUCCCUGUACAAGCGAGCCCUAUGGCUAAGGAUGCAUCCCAAACCUCCUAGAAAUAGAGCUCCUCUGUGUAGCCC